CUCUCUAGCAUCUUCUUCUUCUUCUUCCUCUCUUCGAUUUCCCAAAAUUAAAUCACAACUGAUCGGAAACCUAAAAGCCUCUUCCUAUCGCUCCGCCACGAUGCACAGCCGUCGCCAGAUCUUCGUUAAAUCUCCUUACAAUCAACAAUCCGUCGCUCUGCAAUUAGAUCCUUCGCAAUCCGUACUAACUCUUUCGAAUCUCACUUCCUUGCUCGAACCAUCGCUAUCUGAUUUCUCCCUCUCUCUCGAUGGGAAGCCUCUGAACGCCUCCACGCGGAUCCAAGCAUCCAACCUCCCUCCCGUAUCCAUGCUCACUCUCCACCCUCGCCUCCUCGGAGGCGGAGGAGACGGCGGAGCCACGGGAGCCGAGUCUCGCGAUUGCUACCUCAAGAUGUACGCGGAGAAGAAGCCCGACAAGGUCGAUCCCAACGAGCAGAGGCUAUCGAAAUGGCUGAACUGCGCUUUGUCGAACGAGCCUCUCGCUGAGCCUUGCGUGGUUGAUCUCCUCGGGAACUUGUUUAACAAGGAAGCUCUUGUGAACGCGUUGCUGUCUAAGAAGUUGCCUAAGCAGUUCUCUUACAUUAAGGGACUGAAGGAUAUGGUGAAUAUCAAGCUUACGAGUGUGGCUGGUUUGUCUGGAGAUAUAGAUACGACCAGUGCUCGGUUUCAGUGUCCGGUCUCGGGGCUGGAGUUUAAUGGGAAGUAUAAGUUUUUCGCGUUGAGGGGAUGUGGGCAUGUUAUGAGCGCGAAGGCGUUGAAGGAGGUGAAGUCUUCGUCGUGCUUGGUGUGUCACGCGGAUGUUAAGGAGUCUGAUAGGAUUGUGAUAAACGGUACGGAGGAGGAGGUGAGUUUGUUGAGGGAGAAGAUGGAGGAGGAGAAGGCGAAGGUUAGAGAGAAGAAAGGUGGGUCGAAGAAGAGCAAGAAGAACGGUGUUGCUGCGGUGUUGGCUGAUGCGAGUGUGAAGGUGGCGAAGAGACAGAUGGAUGAUGGGAAUGUUAAUGCUAAUGGGGUGACAGGGAAGAAGUUCAAGGCAGGGGAUGCAGUGCCGGUUAAUGCGACAAAGGAAGUGUAUGCUUCUCUAUUCACUUCCUCCAAGAAGAAGUCUGACUUCAGGGAGACUUACUCUUGCAGGUCACUACCUCUGGGAAGGAAUUGAUUUGUUUGAAUACAUGUUUGUUCGUUUCAUGCUUUGCUUUGUAAUAAUCAAUUUGCAUUUGUAACUUUGAUAUUGGAUGAUAUCACGUUUUACUCUUGUGUCGCAAUUUGCAUA